AUGAGUUACUACGACGGUGGAUAUGGGGGUGGAGCAGGAUACAUGAAUGACUCUCAGGGUGGAACUCAAGCAACUCCUGGCAGGUCCGCAGCCAAGAACACCCUCCGUCCGGUCACUAUCAAACAGAUUCUAGACGCCCAGACCCCCCACGAUGAUAACACGUUCGUAAUUGACGAUGUUGAGAUUGGUCAUGUCACAUUUGUCGCACAAAUCCUCAGUAUCUCCGACCAAGAAACAAAUUCGACCUACAAAAUGGAGGACGGAACGGGCAGUAUUGAGGUCAAGUUUUUCAGGGGUGAGAGGAAUUCAAUGGUGGAUGAUGAUGGCGAAAACGAGAGUAGUCGCGAAGCCGGCCUGCAAAUCAACACCUAUGCAAGGGUAUUGGGGAGUAUCAAGCAAUUCAACAACAAAAGAAACAUCACGACACAUAGCGUAAAACCCGUUACAGAUUUCAAUGAGGUCCAAUGUCAUUUCUUGGAGGUUACGGCUGUACAUCUGCAUUUUACACGAGGGCCACCUGAGUCUCAGCAGGGAAGAAGCGCAGGUGGCGGCGGGGCGUACCAGCAUGGAGGUGCCGGUUCAUACGGAGAGGAUACUGCUAUGGGGGGCACAGGUGCUGCCGGUGCAGUUUCGGGUGGGACCAUGUUGCCGCCAGGGAUCUCAGCGAAUGCUCGGAAGAUUUACGCACAUCUCAAGAAUCGCCACGAUAGUAGUGAGGGUAUGCAUGUCGCGAUGAUUGCGCAGACGACUGGGAUAUCGAUGGGAGAGACGUAUAAGGCUGUUGAUGAGCUACUCACGAAUGGUGUUUGCUUUACUACUAUGGAUGACGAACAUAUCGCUUGUAUGGAUUUCUAG